UUGGCUGCCACUGACGAUUUCUUGCUGAAUGGACUAGUUCAACGCAAUAUAACCCUCGUCGUUUCCAGGUUCUUAUGUAAGCUGAAAGAGCCUGAGUUGCUGGAGCCACUAAUGCCUUCUAUAAUUGGAUGUCUGGAGCACCGACACUCUUAUGUGCGAAGAAAUGCGGUCUGUGCCAUCUUCACCAUCUACCGCAAUUUCGAAUUCCUCAUUCCCGAUGCCCCUGAACUGGUGUCGAAUUUCUUGGAAGGCGAGCAAGACGCUUCAUGUAAACGAAAUGCAUUCAUGAUGCUCUUGCACGUAGAUCAAGCUCGUGCCCUUGAUUACUUAUCCGGUUGUAUCGACCAAGUUGCACAGUUCGGCGACAUCUUGCAAUUGAUCAUUGUGGAACUUAUAUACAAGGUUUGCCACGCCAACCCCGCUGAAAGGUCGCGUUUCAUACGAUGUGUCUACAACCUCCUUCAGUCAUCAUCAGCUGCUGUCAGGUAUGAAGCUGCUGGAACACUUGUUACUCUUUCGGCUGCUCCUGCUGCUAUAAAAGCUGCGGCCACGGCAUAUAUCGACCUUAUUGUCAAAGAGAGUGAUAACAACGUUAAGCUAAUAGUUCUCGAUAGACUUAUGGAUCUUCGUCAAACGCCUUCUCAUGAAAAGGUCUUGCAAGAACUUGUCAUGGAUAUCUUGAGGGUUUACAAACUGCUGCUAUGUCUUGACGUGCGCCAGAAAACACUCAAUCUCGCCCUUGACCUUGUCUCAAGUAGGAAUGUUGAAGACAUGGUUAUGUUUUUGAAAAAGGAAAUAGCCAAGUCCACUUCCGCAUCUGCUGAGGAGGCUGGAAGGUAUCGCCAAGCACUUGUAAAGACUCUUCACGCAGCCACAAUUAAGUUCCCUGAUGUCGCCCCGUCCAUUGUGCCAGUGCUCAUGGAAUUCCUCUCCGAUGAGAAUGAGAUGGCCGCUCAGUACGUCUUGUUGUUUGUGCGUGAAGCCGUACACAAGUUACCUCAUUUAAAGGAGACUAUUCUUCACUCGCUGCAGGAAGGUCUUCCAUCUAUUCGCAAACCAAAGGUGUUCAUGGCAGCAUUGUGGAUUCUUGGAACCUACUGUGAAUCUGAUGCCGCUGUAUUGGCAGUACUGCGUCUCAUCAAGUCGUCCCUUGGAGAGCUGCCAAUUGUGGAAAGUGAAAUGCGUCUCUUAGAGGGAGAAGAACCAACUCACGAAGAGACUGCAGAGAAAAAGAGGCUAGUCACGGCUGAUGGAACCUACGCUACCCAGUCGGCUCUCUCUGUUUCGACUAAAGCUGCCAAUAAAGAAAAGCCAUCGCUCAGGCAGUUCCUUCUCGAUGGAGAUUUCUUCCUUGGGGCUUCUCUGGCUACUGUACUUAACAAGCUUGCUGAGCAAUUCACCAAAAAUAACGAAGCAAAUUCCCAGCGAUCGAAUCGUUUCCGUGCAGAAUGCAUGUUCAUUCUCGCUUCAAUAAUCAAUCUAGGAAAGAGCGGUAUUGCAAAGCAAAAUAUUACCGAAGAUGAUCUCGAUAGGAUGGGAACAACUAUCAAGUUGCUUGCUCAAGGAUGCUCUGAGUUGGAGGAUGUUUUCGUCGAAAGAUGUAAGGAUAGCUUGGAACUGAUGUUGUCAAUUAACUCAAAAUUGGAUGAGGUAAUACCGAUACCUUCACAGGUCGAUAAAACCAUUAUGUUCACGCAACUGAGUGCUAGAGCCGACGCAAGUAUUGGAGAAAACCUCUUCGACCUUUCCCUUUCUCAGGCUUUAGGAACUGCUCCUAAAACACAAAAGUUCGAUUUCUCAAGCUCGAAGUUAGGAAAAGUUAUUCAAUUGGCUGGUUUCUCUGAUCCGAUAUACGCAGAGGCUUACGUCAACGUCAACCAGUACGACAUCGUUCUUGACGUACUCAUUGUUAAUCAAACUGGUGAUACACUGCAAAACGUUUCGUUGGAACUGUCUACAGUGGGCGACCUAAAACUUGUUGACAAACCCACUCCGAUCACUUUGGCACCAGCUGACUUUGCCAACAUAAAGGCUACUGUGAAAGUUGCUUCUACGGAAAACGGUGUUAUUUUCUCAACGAUAUCGUAUGAUGUGCGGGGAUCAACAUCAGAUAGGAAUUGCGUUUAUCUCCAAGACAUCAAGAUCGAUAUUAUGGAUUAUAUCGUCCCGGGCAAUGUUACUGACGCUGAGUUCAGGCAAAUGUGGUUCGAUUUUGAGUGGGAAAACAAGGUCACCGUCAAUACGCCCAUUACUGACUUGCGAGAAUUCCUCCAGUAUUUGUCUACGGUCACGAACAUGAAGGUGUUGACAGGAGAUGCUGCGAUAGAAGGAGAUUGUGGAUUUUUGGCUGCUAAUCUCUGCGCACAUUCUAUCUUUGGCGAAGAUGCCUUAGCAAAUGUAUCGAUUGAAAAGGCUUCUCCUAUGGAUGAAGGGUCUCCAAUUGUCGGGCACAUUCGAAUACGAGCUAAGAGUCAGGGCAUGGCUCUAACUUUGGGAGACAAGAUUAACAUUGCGCAACGAGAUCGAAGGGCUGUGGCUGUAUCAUAA